AUGGAAGACAACAACGAGCCCAAGAAAAGCGAGGUCGAGGUCCAGGUCGAUGGCCUUGGUCUGAUUGAUGUCGCUGGUGAGGACGAUAGCCUCCUCUUCUCCUCCUUUCCGGAUCCCACCAGCUACGAGUUUUCCGAGGCAGAUGCAGAUGAGGAUAAAAAGUGUUUGAACGAUGACAAAGAUCAAAGUUUCUUGACGGAUACACAGUCAUGUGAUGAUGAAGAGAUACUAGUCUCUUCAAUAGAAGAGAAGGAAGAAGUGCUUCAGCCUCGUGAGUCGCCUGAACCUCAGAAGGUGAUGAAGAGUGGGAAGUAUAAUUUGCGCAAAAGUCUUGCCUGGGACAAUGCCUUCUUCACGAGCGACGGUGUUUUGGAACCUGAAGAGUUGACAAGCAUGAUGGAAAGCAAUAACAAGAGUGAAAGGAAAGGUUUACCUACCAUUGAAGAGGAUGUUAAUAGAUCAACAGAGUCCAUUUCUACAUUUCAGAGUGACUGCACUGUGGAAAACAGUCAGGAAUUAGUUUUGUUUGAAGAUGUGAGAGCGUCUAUUCAAAGGUCUUCUGCUAAAGGAUCUGGUGCUGCAACACCUGGAAAGUAUAAUGAACUGGGAGAAACAGAAGUAGCAACCAGCCCAACUUCAAGUACACUGGACGUUGUUGCCUCUCAGGAACAGUUGAAACCCAAAGCCAGUCCUAAAAAGCUGAGUAUUAGAGCACAAGGACUAGGGAAGGCAACAAAACAGCCUGUUGCUACAAGAGGUCUCAGUACAUCUAUUUCCAAGCCACCUAACGGAGUUAGCAAAGUCAGGCCGGCCUUGGCAACAACAUCAACGAAGAGGGCAUCAGUAGAUAUGACCAAAACCAAACUAGAAAGGAAUCCCAAAUUUCCAGCAGGCAAAGAGCCUUUGGGUACUAGAAUAUCCAUUUCACGAAGUGCCAGACCCACAUUGCCAAAACAUGCUGUGCCUAAGUCAACUAUACGUUCUUCAACUGCGUCAAAGAAUGAAUUGACAUCUUCUUGCUCUUCACUAGAGAGCUGUGCAAGUGCUUCAUCGAGCGCUUCUCACAAAGCUUCUCUAGUUUCGACAAAGAAGAAGAAUGAUCCAAGUUCCAGAUUAGCUUCUCAGUCAUUGGCAAAUCGAUCUACAUCUAGAGGUAUCAUGGGCCAGCCGAGAAUCCCACCCCACCCAACCAAUAUGACAACCAAGUCCAAGCUUGCCUCUAGUGUGCCAUCGCGAGCUUCUGCAAGUGGUGGCAAUAUGGCUAAAAGCAACCAGAAAACCGUCUCUGGUGAAAAGCCUGUCGAGAGCUCUAAAGAUGAAUCUGUUGUUCAGGCUGAUGCUAAGGAAGGCACAAUAAGAAUUUCAGCUUUCAACAGUGGUGGCUUGGUUCCUUCAGGUUCCAUGAAAGCAUCAGGUCUCCGUGUGCCAUCCCCGAAAAUCGGCUUCUUUGAUGGAGCAAGACAUGGAUCAUCUUCAUCUGCGAGUAAGAAGUCUGGAAAGUCUCAAGCCAACAAGUCUCCAAUACAAGUGUCGUCCAAUUCAAAAACGAAGGCAAGUUCAUCUCCAAAACUGCAAAACAAAUUGUAUUCCAAAAUCAGUGCAGAAGAUCAACUUGAGGGUGAUGCUAAGAGAUCAGGAAAAGGUGGGGAUUCGGGUGCAAAGAGAGACGGUCGACCAAGCCAAGCGGCUCAGUUUCCGCAGCUUGACCACCAAGGCUCUUAUGGAAACUCUCAAGGUUCGCAUAUGAUGGUUCAGAUGCCGGGCACAGAGCAGUAG